CCCUAGGGUUUUAGACUAGGGCUAUGGCAGCGGCCAAUGUAGGUCGCAUGGCGGGGCGCUUCGCAUUCCGCGCUCGCGCUGCCAGGCCGCAAUUCCAUCCCAGGUCCUCCGGCGCCCAACCGCAGUACCAGUUCCAUCGAUCGUUGCCUCGAUCGUUCGAAGAAGCUCGAAUCAAGACCAGGCUUCGUCGGGAGCUCGUGUCGCUGUUUCCUUUGCACAAUGCCACGGCCUCGUCCAGGCUCGUCUCGCUGAUUUCCGGUGGAUCGAAGAGCCUAGAAUUGUUAUCUCUCGGCCAGUCGGAAUUAAGUUCCCAGUCAGAAACGAUAAGAGAGGGUGUGGGGUUUAGACGUGUUUUGGCUAUGGCUGCGAGAUUGGUGGUAGCAGGGCGAGUAGCAGCUCCUCCCGCCCGACUACUUUCGCCCUCUCCUCGCGUCCAUCGAGCUACAUUCGUCACAACGUCCCGCUCUUCUGGUGGUUUUCAUUUGGAGCAGGAUGGAUUAUCCUCUUCCAGCUCCGGGUCUGCUGUACCUUUGUCCCCUGUCCCCAAGAAACGUAAUGCUACGAGGAUUUCGCUGGGAGCAGCAGUGCUUCGCAACUUUCAAGCAGGAUUCGAGCAUUUCAGCCGUCUCAAGGAUGAUGGGUGAUUUGAGAAGAAGAACAAGAAGCUAUGGAGGAUGCCAGUCUCUUGACUUGUAGCACGGUCACGGUUUGACGAAAUUUGAGCUCUUUUUCUUUUUGUUC